UCCCUCCCUCGCGGCUCUUUGGCCACUCUCUCGUGUGAUUUGAUUUGAUUUAUAAAGUGCAAAAGCUUAUCUCGGCGGUUAGGUCUCAGAGAGAAUGGCGACUAACGGAUCAGCUACGACGGGACAGCUUUCACAGAAGGAAGCUGACAUCAAGAUGAUGUGUGCUGCUGAAGUUCACCUCGGAACCAAGAACUGUAACUACCAAAUGGAGCGUUACGUCUUCAAGAGACGCAACGACGGUAUUUACAUCUUUAACCUGGGCAAAACAUGGGAGAAGCUUCAGAUGGCUGCACGAGUUAUUGUUGCUAUUGAGAACCCACAGGACAUCAUUGUUCAGUCAGCUAGGCCCUAUGGUCAGAGAGCUGUCCUCAAGUUCGCUCAGUACACUGGAGCCAACGCCAUUGCUGGAAGGCACACUCCUGGUACCUUCACCAAUCAGAUGCAGACCUCGUUCAGCGAGCCCAGGCUGUUGAUUCUUACUGAUCCACGUACCGACCACCAGCCCAUCAAGGAAGGUGCUUUGGGAAACAUUCCAAUCAUCGCCUUCUGUGACACUGACUCUCCUAUGAGGUUUGUUGACAUUGGUAUCCCCGCCAACAACAAGGGAAAGCACAGCAUUGGUUGUCUUUUCUGGCUUCUUGCUCGCAUGGUCCUUCAGAUGCGUGGAACCAUCCGCCCUGCUCAGAAGUGGGAUGUCAUGGUUGACCUGUUCUUCUACAGGGAGCCUGAAGAGGCUAAGCCAGAGGAUGAGGAUGAAGUUGCCCCUCAGGCAGAGUUUGGACUACCUGCUCCUGAGUAUGGUGGUGGUGACCAGUGGACCACUGCUGCCAUCCCUGAUGCUGCAUGGCCUGGAGAAGCCCAGGCGCCAAUCGCUGCUGCUCCUGCCGGUGCUUCAUGGAACGAAUCAGGCGCGGCUCCAGCAGCAGAAGGUGGAUGGGACACGGCUGUGCCACCCACAAAUGCUGCAGUUAGCGGUUGGGAGUAAAGUUGACAAGCCUUUACAAUGGUUAUAGACAUUGUUUUUUAGUUACUGUUGGGAUUGAAGAGUUCUCAAACCGCAACUGUUUCUCUUUUUGCACUCUUUUCUUUCAAGACAAAAACACUUAGAUUGGUUCUAUUUUGCGCUUUUUGUUUUGAAUGAAAUUUCUACUAUAUCUAUCUCGUUAUGUCUUAAUUGAGCUUCUGGUUCGUUUUAACUUA